GUCUAGUGUCUAGCGGGCCACAUCGCUAGGCUUAGGUCCGCAGGGACUAAAGUUUAGGAGAGACGCGCCGUCAAAGUCAAGUCAACCGCACGGCCGGUUGCCUACCUGCGCGGCGCUACAGCCCGAAGAGCGCCGGGGCUCCGAGUGCCAGGGCCUCUGCGGCCCCCACCUGACUUGUACACCUGAACUCCCUCCGUCACCAGGUGGACAAAGAAGAGGAGACUUCAUGGCCACCCUAUGUUGAGUAACACCUUUCGGCGCACCCUAUACCACACCUGGCCGGUGGGAUUUGGAGGAGGGGAAAUCGUUAUUUUCGGCCUGCCUGCUAGCCAGCCUGCUGCUCUGCUCGCUGUCGCUCGUUCAUUCGGCCUCGGCCCACAGAGCAAGACAGCCAGCUCCCAUUCAACGUCCAGCAUCGACUCGAAAACUGGAAUUCACAAAGCAAUGUUCUAGGGUGGCUGUGUUGUUGGUGUGACGUGUCCACCAGUCAUGAAAAACCCAGUCAGUCGUCAAGUAGCAGAAAGCAGAAGGCAGAAGACAAUUUUGAGCCAAAAGAACCUCCUCGUCUGCUGUAAACUCGCACUAUUUCAUUGGAGGCAUGGCUGUUAAAAGGCAAAUCUUGUCUUACCUGCAAUCGUGUCGGAGACUUAUGCAAAUAUUUCAAGGAUUGUUUCUGUUCUUUGUGGGUUUAGUCCUCCUCGUUCCUCAUGAUGCAUUGUUGCCGGUUUGUGGGGCACUCUCCGUCAUACUUUUCCUGCUGCUUGUCCGAAUUAUUUCGCGACCAUCAUGUGCUUCCACCAUAUAUCAUUGUGUGACCUUCCUGCUUCUACCUUUCAACCUGGUAACAUGUUGGUGUUUGUACACCAAGAUUGCGCUGCAAACAACUUCCAAACCUUGCCCACCCAACAUGGACUGGUUUAAAGUAUUGGAUGGUUAAUUUCAAAAUUAGUGUGUAUGAGCGUCCUUUAACUGUAUUUCAUGGUAUCAUGGCGUGCGAUUAUGAACUCACUGAUACUUUGACAUAGUGACGAAUGUCCAAAAUUUUGAUAAAAUGAGAUUUUUGGCUGCGUUAUAGAACUUUUGAUUUACUAUCGCCUGGUGAAAAGCAUGUAUCGAUAUCUCUUCUAGAUUCGGCGCAGGAAAAUACUUCGAAAUGACGAAAGUCCAGCUGUACUUUGACAAAAUGACGAAAGUCCGCCGUACUUUGACAAAAUGACGAAAGUCCAACCGUACUUUGACAAAAUGACGAAUGUCCAACCGUACUUUGACAAAAUGACGAAUGUCCCAACUGCAAAAAAACGGAUAUAGUCUAUCGGUGCGUUCCCAACAAGAGGAAUAUCCAUGAAAACAGUGACGGCAUGAUCAUGGAACAUGCCCGGGAUGAAAACUUUCAUUUAUUUUGUGUUAACAGUAAAGUUGGACUUUCGCCAUUUUGUCGAAUUACACAUGGACAUUCGUCAUUUUGUCAAAGUACGGUUGGACUUUCGUCAUUUUGUCAAAGUACGGCGGACUUUCGUCCAUUUGGCGUCCAUUUCGUACGCUGAGAAAUGACGAAUGUCCACUAUCUCGGGAACCAAGCUGCCGAUUGCAACGGCUCUUGAACCCAAAGAACACGUAUUCCUUCAGGAGUCUGUGGUAUAAAAUUUUACAAUCAAAUCCAAUACCUCUAUCUUCCAGCUCAAUUUUUUAACUUGUUUUGGCUCUCCUGAAAAAUCAGAUAUUGUGGACAUUCGUCACUAUGUCAAAGUACCAGUGAACUCUUCAACGAGUUAUCUUUUACGUUUUGAUAUCCCGAUUAUAAUAUCUGGCACAUCCAAUGAAAUAUCAUAUUUUUUAUUAUUUAAAGCUUAAUGAUUGGCUAAUUUGUGGGGAGAUUAUUGCAAGAUCUGAUCUCAGCAAUGAUUUAUCUUUAACUUAAAUAGGAACAAAAUAUCGGCUCUAGAUUAAGUAAUCCUCAGUUUAAGAUUCAAUUUUCAUGGCUCGCAUUGGCUCUUGAAGGCAUUGAAGUCUUGAACUGCUUGGUUUUUUAAGGAUAUAGUCUUAAUCAUCUCUGCUAGGCGACUAAAAUGUCUUUUCAUUAUUUAAAAUGUUGACCUGCAAUCAUUCGCAUAGUAAAAUGAGUAAAAUAAUUGUCUGUAA